AUGGCCUCGCGCUUCAACCCCGGCAAGCUGUUCAUCCGGACACGCUUCAACUACGAGAAGCUGUCCGGCGCCGACGCCCACGCCGUCUCGCCCGUGCCGCUCUUCAACACAAAGGCAUGGGGCACCCGCGCCCGCCAGCCCUCGUGGGCCAACAAGGUCCAGCGCCCCCGCUUCUCUCUCGCCCGCAUCCUGACCCUGCUGGUGACGCUCGUCGUCCUGGCCUCGAUGCUGGCCGGCGGCCUCUACCGCCGCCACAAGCUGCACCUGCAACACGGCGGCGACGAGCGCAAACAGUACCACUGGGAGCACUACCCACGACUGUCUGGCUUCUGGAACGGCGUCCGCACCCUCGUGCCCUACGGCGACUGGGUCUCGGAGCAGGACUUUGUCAAGUACUCGCAGAGCCCCAACCCAGAGGACAACAUCAAGCCCAAGUGGCCGCACAUGUCCAAGGACAACAAGGAGCCCCCCAUGGACCCCGUCCCCUUCAACCCCUACCCCUUCGACUCGGACGCCUACCUCAAGGACCACGACAAGGUCGAGACCUGCUACCUCGACCAAGACGAAAAGGUCCAUCUGCCCGACAUCUACGCCUACCCAGGCAUCCCCCAGAAUGCCACCGCCCCCUUCUUCGGCUCGUACGAGGAGCUCGGCAUGAACGACAAGGUCUGCUUUGAGCGCUUCGGCCGUCUGGGCCCUUACGGCUACUCCUACUCUCGCGACGAGGGCGGCCUGGACAUGUCGGCCAAGUCCGAGAAGGCUGGCGCCGACAAGAUCUGGAGCUGGGAGAAGAAGGUCGACUACCGGAAGGUGAGAUGGGCCGACGCCCAGAAGCGCUGCCGCGAGAAGAACAUGCACCGCUUCAAGAAGAACAACACCGAGCCCGAGCCUGCCGGCCCCGCCAAGAAGAAGGUGCCUCGCCAUGCCUACAUUCUCCGCACCUGGACCGGCUACAAGUACAGCGACUACCAGAUCCUCAGUCUUCGUGCCAUGAUCAACGAGCUCGCCCUCAAGUCCGGCGGCGAGUACGACGUGCACUUCCUCAUCCACGUCAAGGACGACAGCAUCCCCAUCUGGUCCUCGGAGGAGAUCUACCAAAAGGUCAUCGAAGACAACCUGCCCAAGGAGUUCUGGGGCAUGGCCACCCUGUGGUCUGGCGCCCAGAUGCAGAUGUACUACCCGGAGCCCUUCCCCAACAACGUCUACAACCACGCAAAGGCCCCUGUCCACUCCGUCUACCGCAGCGCACACUUUGCUCUGCAGUGGUUCUCCCAGGCCCGCCCCGAGUACGACUUCUACUGGAACUGGGAGAUGGAUCUCCGUCUCACGGGCCACUACUACGAGUUCAACACCAAGAUUGGCGAGUUCGCCAAGCGACAGCCGCGCAAGGGCCUGUGGGAGCGCUCUUCUCGCUACUACAUCCCUGACCUGCACGGCUCGUGGAAGAACUUUACCGAGAUGGUCGAGGAGGAGCUGUACAACAGCGACGAGAAGCCCGUCUGGGGUCCCCCCAAGUUCGAGAACACCGGCAUGCUUCCCAGCCCCCCGGAGACCGAACCCCCGAGGUCCUAUCUCCAGGACGACUACGAGUGGGGCGUUGGCGAGGAAGCCGACAUCAUCACCUUCAACCCCAUCUUCGACCCGGCCAAGACCAACUGGGUGUUCCGCGACGAUGUGACCGGCUACGAUCUGGAGCUCCCUGAACCCCCGCGACGAUGCGCCAUCAUCACGGUCGCGCGCCUCUCGAAGCGACUUUUGGAUCUCAUGCACCGCGAAACCUACCUGAUGAAGCACCACAUGUUCCCCGAGAUGUGGCCGCCCACAGUCGCCUUCCACCACGGACUGAAGGCUGUCUACGCCAACCACCCCGUGUACUUUGACCACAACUGGCCGCUCGAGGCGCUCGACGGCACAUACAACAAGCCCCCCAAGCCAACCGACAGUGUUUUCGGCUGGGGCGAGCACAACCAGCUGGGCAACAGCUUUUACUACAACGCUGGCUUUUCCUCCGAGUGGUGGAGGAGGUGGCUCGGCUCGCGCGAAAACGACAAGGGCGGCCCGGCCGAGGAAGAGGCCAACACGGGUCGGUUGUGCAUGCGUCCUGCGCUGUUCCACCCCGUCAAGUACGAAAAGGGCUCCGAAUGA